GCUGCACUUGUUCUGUUAGCAGUUUGCAGCGGCCAUUUCAAAGAGACCAUCACAAAGACGAGAGAGAGAUCAGAGAAGCACCUGUUUCCAAGAUGCUGGCACCCUGCCUUCUGAGAAAAGUGGUCCUUACAGUUCCUUUAGUUUUUGUGGUUGCACUGCUUCUCCUGGAGCCUGUUAUAUCGGAUCAAGAAGCAGGAACAGCCAUACCAGCUGAAAGCCGUCCCUGUGUUGACUGCCAUGCAUUCGAGUUCAUGCAGAGGGCUCUGCAGGAUUUAAAGAAGACAGCAUAUAAUCUAGACACACGGACAGAAACUCUGCUUCUUCAGGUGGAAAAGAGAAAUCUGUGUGACUGUGUAACUGCAAAUCUGCUGAACUGAAUCCUGGAGGCCAGCUAAGGAGUAUCACCUGUUCAGCGGUUUUUAAAAGGCA